UCCACACAUUUACUAACAGACACACACUAACAGUCUCGCCUCGCAUAACUUCACAGGAGCGAGUCUUCCUCGCCGGAGUCCCUUCCCAAAGACAGGAUUCCAGUCGUGAUUAGGGCAAAAGGAAAUGAAGAGGAGGUUAAAUAAGAAAUUCUUGAUUGUGAUCGUCGCAUAUUCGGGUUUACUUCUGCUAAUCGCGUACGUGUUAGAUUAUCGGGAUAAAUCCGGCGAGCACGCCAAGCUUCCGCAGCAACAGCCCAGAUGCUCAGAUUUGGAGAACACGGUGGCGCUUCUGUGGGAUAACAAUGGCUACAAAGUCAACGGCAGCGACGCGGCGGCGGAGGCCAGAUUCAACAGGAGUCAGCCGCGGAUCCACAUCUACCUGCACGCCACCUGGAGGACCGGCUCGUCGUUCUUGGGGGAGUUGUUCAACCAGCACCCCGACGUGUUCUACCUGUACGAGCCGAUGUGGCACAUAUGGCAGGCGCUGUACCCCGGGGACGCGGGCAGCCUCCAGGGCGCGGUGCGGGACAUGCUGAGCUCUCUGUACCGCUGCGACUUCUCUGUGCUGAAACUUUACGCCGGAACGCAGAACAUCUCCACGUCCUUCAUCUUCGGCUGGAAAACCAACAAGGUGAUCUGCUCGGAGCCGCUGUGCGAUGCGCACAAGCGCCACGAAAUCGGGUUGGUGAAGGAAGAGCAGUGCGCAAAAUGCAGAAGAAGGGACAUCAGGGAUCUGGAGGUGGAGUGCAAGAAGUACCCCGUGAUGGUGAUCAAAGGGGUCCGCGUUUUGGACCUGAGCACCCUGGUCCCCUUGAUGAGGGACUCUGCGAUCAACCUGCAGAUCAUCCAGCUCUUCAGAGACCCCAGAGCCGUGCACAACUCCCGUUUGAAGUCCAAGCAAGCUCUGGUGAAGGAGAGCAUCCAGGUGCUGAGGAGCAAGAAGCAGACGGACAAGUACAAGCGGCUGCUGGUGCCGAGCAACAGGAUGAACCGGGCGGAGAGCUAUGUCGCCAGCGCCAUGGAGCUCAUCUGCGACAACUGGCUGGGUGACAUGAUGCUGGUGACCAACGCGCCCCCGUGGGUGAGCAGAAACUAUGUCCGCAUCCGCUAUGAGGACCUGGUGCUGCGCCCCAUGGAGGAGCUCCAGAGGAUGAUGCGCUUCGCCAACCUCUCCACCUUUCCCGCCUUGGAGAGGUUUGCGCUGAACAUGACGCGCGGCCAGGGCUACUCCUCAGAGAAACCCUUCCUGAUCUCAUCCAGGGACGCAAAAGAGGCCAUCUACGCGUGGAGGGAGCGCCUGAACGUGGAGCAGAUCAACCAGGUGGAAGCCUACUGCAGUGAAGUGAUGAGGCAGCUGGGAUACGAGAGAAACAACGUGGACAAAGCAGCAUGAGGUGGAUUGAGAGUCCUGGUAUUCAACAGCUGAGAGCAAAAAGGUGGAAAAACAAAACAAGCUGCAGGAAUGCAGUCCUCCAAGAGGUUCUCGAGCGUGCCUCCGGGGUUGUUUUGCCUUCACCCGAGCCCACCCGAUGAACUGGAGAAAAUCCCAGCGAAGGGGCAGCCUAUCACAGACGGGUACAUCUGAAACCAGGAGAAGGAAGCUUGUUAUUCUAGUCCUGCUUUUCCGCUAGUCUGCUAGGGAUGGGGAGAAAGAAGGUGGAGCGGAGGGAAUACUACAUACAAGGCUGAUUUGUGCUACAGUUCACUGCUCGGCCUUUGUCUUUCAGUUUUCCUGUAACACUAAUCCCUCCUGGAAUCCCCCCCUGUUAGCAGGGGCCAUAGAAAAAAACCAGACGGGGGUCCUCUGGGAUGCAGGGAAGCAGCAUCUCACCCAUGACUAAGCUUUCUUGAGCAAUACUGAUACUAGAGCGGUAGUAACAAAGCUAAUGUAGAUCUCUAAAAGAAGAAACGGGGCCCUGCAUGCACCGAGCAACUGCUGCCGGUCUCGUGGCCCCUGCAGGAUCUCCACAGCUGCAGCACCCCGCUGAUAGAUUAUCCACGCGGGUGUGAGUUUGCCUAACUUCCUGCACGGAGAACAGCCUUCACAAACAGGACGAGCUUUCUCAUGGUACUGAUCCAUAUUCUGUUCACGUGUUUCAGUUUCUGCGUGACGCAUGUUUAAAACUGUGAAAUGGGAACGAGGGAGGAGCCUCCCCGCCGGCCACAUGGUUUGUUUUAGGAGCUAGUUCUGAAUGAAACGUUUUUUGUGUUUAGAGCUCAGGUCAAAGAGAGAAAACGUGCAAGUGGCCACGUUUAGCACUGCUGUUUCUAUUUAUGGUUCAGUUUUUAAGUAAAAUUCAUUGAUGACUGAGGUUAACGUGCUCUUAAAGUCGUUCUUUUGUUACGUGGGAAAGGUAAAAAAAUAAAUAAACUUGCAGGUCAGACGGAGCCUCGAUGCACUCAAACAGGAGCCGGUGCUUCAUCGUGAUGAACGCGUUUGGAGUUUGUCAGUAAGCAGCAGCAGUAAGCACUUUGAAAAUGGAAGACUUUGUACUGAACACAUGUCUGAAGUUAAUAAAAUUAGUUUCAGUGUGCCUCACAGCGA